AUGAGCACCUUUUUCGAUGAAAUGAAAGCUUCUUUCGAAGACGUCCCUGUGGACGACGCUUCCAAAAAGAUCGACACGACAGCUUUUUUGGAAGCAUCUGAAUCGCUCGUGAAGUUGUUCGAUCUUUUGGGUAAUUCGGCUUUCACAGUGGUGCAAAAGGAUUUGACGGGAAACAUUACCAAAAUUCGCAAGAGAUACACCGCUGCUACAACGGAAUCGGCCACUCUACAAGAUUUGGUCCAAAACGAGCGUGGUUCGGGCCAUAAAAGUGCAUCUGAAGGAUUGUUGUGGUUGAACAGAGGGUUGCAAUUCACGGCGCAGGCGUUACGUGAGACCGUGGACCAUCCCGAAUUGGAAUUGACCAAGACUUUUACAGACGCUUACAGCAAAACUUUGACCAAAUACCAUGGUAUGCUUAUAAGACCGGUUUUCAAGCUUGCCAUGAAAGCUUGUCCCUACAGAAAAGAUUUUUUUGCAAAAUUGGGAGCAGACCAAGAAAAAGUCCACAAACAAUUGUUGGCCUGGCUGACAGCUUUGGAGAAGAUCGUGGCUAUCUUACUGGACUUCUUGGGCACAGCUUGUAAAGAUUUAUAG